CAUUGCCCGCCUUGCAUCGUAUGGCCCAAAUUAAGCAAAAUUCAAAUAAACAAACUCAUUUCGACGGUGGAUAGAUUUACCCGCAUAUAGUUUAAAAUGCGAGGUACCGUACGUUAAUUUAUUUGCAGCAUCGAUACAUAAACCUGGAGCCGUGGAGCAUACCCCACACGAACGUUGCACCUUCUUCUUCCCUCUCUUGUUCUUCUUCAUCUUCCCGUUGUGCUUCUCUCUAACGAUGUCGUUGAGAGGUCAGGGCGUGGCCGGAGAGAGUCGGGGAGAAGUCGGCGGCGCCGCCGGAGAGAAGGUAGCGACGCGCUCUCCUGCCAGGCAAUCUCGUUUUCACAACUUUUCCUUUCCAACGAUGAACUGGGGCAGUCAACGGCUUCUCCGCUGCGUGAACCCCGUCGCUGGAAUCGACGGCUCUGCCGCUGGAUCGACGGUUCCUGAAACCCAAAUAGAGCUCCGAAAGAAGAGGCAAGCCUCAUAUUCUCCUGAAGCAGGAGUGUUCAAAGAAAAGGAGACAGAGCAGGAUGAACCUUCUUCCGCCGCCGCUGAAGCGGCCGCUGCAGCGCCAGCCAGGCCGUGGAAUCUUAGGGCAAGAAGAGCUUCGUGCUUCGCCCCAUCGGAAAGCGGAAGAAACUGUUACGCUAAGCCUCUGUUGGGAAAAGACGAUCCGGCCAAAGGCGGAAUGCUAAAAUCGAUGGUCGGCGAAAAUGGGAAGCGGAGGGAAUUCUCUGUUUCCCUAUCUCGCGAGGAGAUCGAAGAGGACUUCUACGCCUUCAAGGGGACGAAGCCCAGUCGACGACCUAAAAAGAGGCCUAAGACCGUGCAGAAACAACUCGAUGCGCUGUUCCCUGGUCUGUGGCUUUCGGAGGUUACAGCGGAUGAUUACAAAGUAGUUGAAUGAGGCCAUUGUUCAUUCUUCUUUCAGGUAUUUCUGCUAAUAAUUUGAAUCAAGACUAAUAGCAAAUGAUCUUCUUUCUGGAAGACGCGAAUAGGGCAUCCAAUACUACAUUCAUGGAGAGGAAAUUUAUAGGAGUUCUAAGGUGCAGACUAUCGACAUUUAUUGUUAUCCUGUAGCUUUGGUUUGAGUGAUUCUUCAGUUUACCAUAUUCUUAUAUAAAUUUCGGAAUAUUAAAAAAAAAAA